AUGCACCCUGAAACCAACCCACAUUUUCUUCCCCGGCAGCGCCAAACUCGACCAAUCGACACUCCUCACCCCCAAAUCCAACCAAUCUCCCCCAUUUCUCAACAACCCCGACCGCACCACCAAAUCCAAAGACCCCAGCCUCCUCCCCUCGCCCCCGUCCCCGUUCCCGUCUCCGCCCCUGUCCCCACACCAAGGACGCAAACUCAGGUCACUUUUGCACCCUUACCCCAGCACACCCAACCCCAACCCCAACAUGAUCCAGUACGUACUCCCACAUCCGGACUGGUCGUGAAACGUCCGAGCAAGACAAAUCCAAUAAUAUGGUUCAUCGGCGCAUUCUGCGCACUCUUAUGGAUCAUAGUAAUCAUAGGCGUAAUUAUUGUACUCAUUGUCUACUUUGUAUUCCGACCACGCAGUCCGAAAUUCGACAUCUCAGCCGCUUCACUAAACGCGGCUUAUCUCGACGUGGGUUAUCUCUUAAAUGCCGACGUGACCAUCCUAGCGAAUUUCACGAAUCCUAGUAAGAAAGCAACGGUGGAUUUUCAUUAUGGGGUGGUGUCUUUAUAUUACAAGGAUACACUUAUAGCGAGCAGUUACGUGAACCCUGUUUUAUCGAUGAAGGCGCAGUCUAAUUUCAGGACGGUUCAUCUUGAGACUAGCCAGGUGAUGUUGUCGUUGAUCGAUAGGGAACGGAUGAAAUGGGAGAUGGUGAAUAACAGACUUAGAUUUGAGGUUAAAGGGCAGUUUAGGGUUCGAUCGAAUCUUGGGAAUGUUUUACAUUAUUCUUAUGAGCUGUUUGGACAUUGUACUAUUGAUCUUACGAAUGCUCCUAGUGGUGUCAUGGUCUAUAAGAAAUGUAGAACCCAUCGAUGAUGAUGAUUUUAAGGAAAGCAUGGCGGCGGGCGGCGGCGGCAGUGGCAUGAUAUGACUUUUAUUCCCAUUUAUUUUUGGACUAAAUUAGGGGAAUUUGAGAUGCAACUUUAGUUUAAGAAUAAACUUUAAUCAGAAAAUAUGAAUAAUCUAGUCUUUGUGUGUUUAUGAAUAUAUUUAUUCAUUAAUUGUGUAAGAAAUACGAGGU